GCAAUCAAAGGUCCCUCGUUAUCAUCACUAUCCCCUAUAUCUGCCGGUCGCUGCUGAAAAAUCCUUCUUGUUCUGCCACGAGUCAUCCCGCCGUCACUCCCCCCUCCGUAGCGAGAAUGAAGGGGGCCUUCUUUUUCCUCGCUGCACUAGGAUGCUAUUUGUCGUCUGCCCAGGAACCAAAGAGAUGUAUUGUACCAUCACAGUUUCAAGCUAGAAUUGCCCAGCUGGAUUAUGCAAGGAACGAGGUGAAUAGGAUUGCGUUUUUCUAUGACGCAGUCAACAAACGGGAGGUGGUCUAUGACGAACUGAGCGAGUUUACACCAGGAAGACGGUUCUACAAGUACAUUAUACUCGCCAAUGAAAAGGUAGAAUAUAAGAUAGAUCUAAAGACCAAUAACUGUACUAAGGCCCCGGUCAGACCCUGGAGGGACAUAGGGAUCCCCCCAAAUGCUACUUUCGUGAACGAGUACACAUUAGGCGGGCCUGGCGAGAACGUCAUAUUACAGGAAUGGUCCGACUCUGUCCCUCUGCGACGUAAUGCCCGGCUCUUCAUAUCCUUCACUCUUAACAACUGUUAUCUUACAAACGAAGAUGUCCUGGCCGGCGGCGCAAAUAUAACCGAUUCGGUUUCUUCCCGAUUUUACGAUCUUGUCGAGGGCAUUGAGAAUCCAACUGUGUUUGUUGUCCCUUCGUCAUGUCUGAAGACGACGCAUGUGCAGAGGGAACCCUUUACUCUGUGGCCUUGAAAAUUGAUACUGUUUAUUAUAGACAGAUACAAUAUUAACAAGCAGAUGGGUGUUAUAACAAUUAGAUGAAGUCUUGACAAGUAGAGACUAAGGAUGUAUACAAAAAACAUCAUGUAUAUAAAGACUAUAUCAGAGCAUGAACACAGUAAAUAAAUGUAUCAGAAUUCAAAACAAGAAUUACAAGUUGGAGAUUACAAAAUGCGCCAAAAUAUCCUUUAACUGUGAGGGCAUACCAUUUAUGAAAAAUACUCACGUUGAAAAGGAUAGAAGUGUAUAUAUGAAUAAAAGUGUAAUUUAUUAUUCAUUCCACGAUGUAUAUGUAAUAUAGAAGCACAGAUGUACAUAUAUUAACUAUAUAUUAACUACAUGUAUUUAUGAUAUGAUGCAAUAAAUUUAGCAUCGGUUUGGUCUGGGUUUAUUGUGCAAUAUUAAAUUUCCUAUGAGAAUGUAGGGAAGCUCAUUCAAGCUAACUUGCAUGUGAUAUGUACGUGGGGUGCCAAAGGUGUGUGUGUGUUUAUUUGUGUAUGCGGAGUGAUAUUUUAAAGAGCAUUUAGAUUAUGUAAGCGUGUGAAGUAUCUGUUUUGUGAAAGACGAGAGGUGACUCUAGUCAGAGUUACGUGUAAAACUGUACCUGUAAAAUACUCAAAUGUACUAGCUUAGUGGCACUUUCGUAAAUUAAAACUUUGCACAAAAA